GCUCCCCUGCUGGAGGACUCGUCAUUGUGAGCUCACACCGACACACAGCGUGGACUGAAAAUGGUGCUCGACUUGGACCAGUUUCGCUCCGACAAAGGUGGCGACCCAGAAACUAUCCGUGAGAUCCAGCGGAAGAGGUUUAAAGAUGUCACUCUCGUCGACAAACUGGUCGCCGCAGACACGGAAUGGAGAAAAUGCCGCUUCACCGCAGACAACCUGAACAAAGCAAAGAACCUCUGCAGCAAGAGCAUUGGGGAGAAAAUGAAGAGAAAGGAGCCGGUUGGCGAGGAUGAGUCGGUACCAGAAGAAGCCCAGAACCUGGAGUCGCUAACAGCUGAUGUGCUCUCGCCCCUGACGGUGACCCAGAUCAAGAAGGUGCGUCAGUUGGUGGACGAGGCGGUGGAGAAAAGCGACGGCGAGAGGAUAAAGCUGGAGGCGGAGCGCUUCGAGUACCUGAGGGAGAUCGGCAACCUUCUGCACCCGUCUGUUCCUAUCAGCAACGAUGAGGACGCUGACAACAAGGUGGAGCGUACCUGGGGCGACUGCAGCGUCCAGAAGAAGUACUCCCAUGUGGACCUGGUGGUCAUGAUCGAUGGCUUUGAUGGAGAGAGGGGAGCGGUUGUUGCUGGGAGCAGAGGUUACUUUUUGAAGGGUCCCCUGGUGUUCCUGGAGCAGGCCCUCAUCACUUACGCCUUGAGGUUACUCCACGGCAAGAACUACACCAUGCUCUACACGCCCUUCUUCAUGAGGAAGGAGGUCAUGCAGGAAGUCGCCCAGCUCAGCCAGUUUGACGACGAGCUUUACAAGGUCAUCGGCAAGGGCAGCGAGAAGGCCGACGACAAUUCCGUCGACGAGAAGUACCUCAUCGCCACCUCGGAGCAGCCCAUCGCCGCCUUCCUGAGGGACGAGUGGCUCAAGCCCGAGGACCUGCCCAUCCGCUACGCCGGCUUCUCCACCUGCUUCAGGCAGGAAGUGGGCUCCCACGGCCGGGACACCCGCGGGAUCUUCAGGGUCCACCAGUUUGAGAAGAUUGAGCAGUUCGUCUACGCCUCGCCGCAUGACGGCAAGUCGUGGGAGAUGUUCGACGAGAUGAUCGGGACGGCAGAAGAGUUCUACCAGACGCUCGGAAUUCCUUAUCGCAUCGUCAACAUUGUCUCUGGUGCCCUGAAUCACGCCGCCAGCAAGAAGCUGGACCUGGAGGCCUGGUUCCCCGGCUCCGGGGCCUUCAGGGAGCUGGUCUCCUGCUCCAACUGCUUGGACUACCAGGCCCGGCGCCUCCGCAUCCGCUACGGCCAGACCAAGAAGAUGAUGGACAAGGCGGAGUAUGUGCACAUGCUGAACGCCACCAUGUGCGCCACCACACGCGUGAUGUGCGCCAUCCUGGAGAACUACCAGACCGAGGAAGGCAUCGUCAUUCCAGAGAUGCUCCAGCCGUUCAUGCCUCCCGGUAUGACCGAGAUCAUAAAGUUUGUCAAGCCGGCUCCCAUCGACCAGGAGAUGUCUAAGAAAGCCAAGAAGCAGAACGAUGGAGGGAAGAAGAAGAAGCAGGGAGGAGGAGACCAGAACCUUCCCGUCGCCAUGGAGACCAUGUCCGUCAACGACUCGUAGGCAGCCUGCACGCGCUGACCGUGCCGUUUCGUCAUGCUGAUAGCCCCCCUCGUGUGUGCUGACCCUGGGUCAGUUUCGCCGGUCGUGUCCUCGCAUGAUGGAGGAGAGCUCCGUCACAUCCGCGUCCAUCUGAAUGGAUGGUGUUCAUCACCGCUGUUCCGCACCCACAUUCACAGAGUGCUCUGAGAAAGGGCUGUCUGUCUGUCCCUCCCUCUGUCUGUCCCUCCCGCUGUCCCUUUCUCACCUCCCCAGGGACCCACUGACUCCUCCAAUGGGACUGUCUGAUUUGUGCUUCACUUUGUUGCAGUAGUUUUUAACACUUCUACGUUACAAAUACAUGUUUGUCUGCAUUAAAUCCAUAAUGCUUUUCCAUGCUCACGAUUGAGAUGUUCUAUGAACUCGUUAAUAUGAAGAUAUACAUACAUAUGAUUGAGCAUUGAGGAAGUGGCACUUACUGUAAAACUAAUAAAAGUUCAAAUGGAA